AACAUGCUGUUAAUUCAGAUUUAGAUAAUCCAUUUUUUUAAACAAGGAAGUACUUAAUUUAUUUGAAAAUAAAACGUUUGAUUAUAGAUAGAAGACCAUGUUAUAAUUACCUAAAUUGUACAUUUCAAAACUAUUCAUUUUGGAACAUUUGAUUUAUUCAUAGAUCUUUAUGAAAAUAAUUUGUGCAGGAUAAACAAGUCUUUAUAUCAUUAAUUAACCAGUUUUGACACAAGAUAUGAAAAAUAUCAUUUAUUUCGUAUUUUGUUUAUUGUAUGCGGACGUUUGUUGCCUUUUGGAUUUGUUUGGAUGGUGUAGUACAGAAUGUGAAUGGGUAUCGUGGUCACGUUGGUCUGACUGCAGUCUGACAUGUGGUGGUGGGCAUAGAAAUAGACACAGGAGUAUUUGUUGCCCAUUAAAUGAACAUUGUUUGAAAGAUUGUGGAAAAGAUGAGUCUGGAUAUAGAGAAAACCAAGCAUGCAAUACCAACUGCUUUAACGAUGGAAAAUAUGAUUAUAAUUUUGGAUACUGUAAAUGUAGUGAUAUUUACGAAGGAAUAUGCUGUGAUAAACUAAAACCAACUAAAGAGGAACCAUAUGGUGUGAAUAGAUGCCGUGACGUAUGCAAUUGGUCACCAUGGGGACCUUGGAGUGGAUGUAGCGUUUCCUGUGGCGGUGGUGGAUUGCAACAAAGAGAAAGACGUUUGUGUUGUUUACAGGAAUACGGAGGAUUUGAAAGUUGUACAACACAAUGUCAUAUAGAGGACGCCAAUUAUCUUCAGGAGCGUGUAUGUGGAGAAAAGUGUUUAAACAGUGGAACACUAAAUCAAGAUGGUGUUGGAUGCCAUUUGCCUUAAUAG